CCGGCCGCAAACUUCGGGAGCCCCGCUCUCAUUGGGCUGGCCCCGCUCCGCCCGCGGGGUCCCCCCCGGCUCGGCCGCGGCUCCUCGGGGUCCCCCCGUGGCCGGCAGGAAGUUUCCCAGCUUUGACAUACUACCCAAAGGUUGUAGGGCAGGCGGCAUCGCCCCCAAAACGCGCUGACCCUCCUCCAUCACUGGCAGAUGGACAAUACCGCCAUGAACUCCUUCUUGGAGUUCGCAAUUUGUAACCGCGGCACCGCCGCCUUCCCGCAGCACCACCCCGAGCCGGCCUCGCCUUCCUUCCCUCCGUGCUCAGGUAGCCCCACUCCGAGCCCCGACGGCCCCUUCGGCCCGCCCGGCACCGCGCCCGCCCUCGGGCAUCUCCCCCAGCACGGCUUCCACCUUCCCUCCUCUUCCUCUUCCUCCCGCUUCGCCAGCCCGGGUUACCCAGCUCAGCCGGGCUACCAGCAGCUCUACGCGGGCCAGCAGGACGCGGACGGGCUCUACCUGCCCGGGGCCGCCUUCGGCUCGGCCUCGCUGCCCGAGGCUUUCUGCGGGCCCGCGGGGCAGCUCCAGCAGCCGCCAGCCUUCGGCCUCGAGCAGCCCGCCUACCUGCCCGGCCUCUACGGCGAGCUCUCGGCGGCCUUGCUGGAGGAGCCCGAGCCCCCCGGGCACCCCGAGGUGGGCGUCAGGGCCGGGGCAGCGCAGACCUUCGAGUGGAUGAGGGUGAAGAGGAACCCCCCCAAAACAGGCAAAACGUCGGAGCUGGGGCUCCUGGGGCAGCCCAACGCCAUCCGCACCAACUUCAGCACCAAGCAGCUGACGGAGCUGGAGAAGGAGUUCCACUUCAACAAGUACCUGACGCGGGCCCGCAGGGUGGAGAUCGCCGCCACCCUGGAGCUCAACGAGACGCAGGUGAAGAUCUGGUUCCAGAACCGGAGGAUGAAGCAGAAGAAGAGGGAGAAGGAAGGGCUGGCCCCGGCCGCUGCCUGCGGGCCGCCCAAGGAAGCGGCCGAGGGCUCGGAUCAAUCCUCGCCCGAGGCCUCGCCCAGCUCCGGCUCCUCCUGAGAGCCCCCGAGAGCUGCCGGGGUC